AUGCUGCCCGAGAUCAGGUACGAGCGAGACGAGCCGUCUCCUCGGCUUCUCAAGAGCCGUGAGGAGGAGGUUACACAGCCAGCUCAGACGCAGCCGCCGCCCUUCUCGCAGAAGCAGCAGCGGGAGAUACUGCAGGAGUUCCAGCGACAGCAAGAGGAGAACCUCCGACAGCAGAGGGACAUGGAGGCGGAGACACUACGACAGGAACGGCAGCGAGCGCGAGAGAGCAGGAGGAGCUCAGCCAGCCGCCUCCGAGAAGCCGCAAAAGCAGCACCGAGUGUGCCACAAACCCAUCCGAAAAAGUCGAAGACGUCGCCUUUGGGCCGGAUGAUGGCUCAUUUUCGCUCCAAGAUGUCCUCGCUUUGGCGGGGCAGGGAUGCAGUGACUGCCUUCGACGGCGACGACGAGAAGUUCCUGGAAGCGCAGACUGAGAGGCUGCUGGCAGUGAUGAAGGACACGCUGGCAGCCAGCCACAACGAGCCCGUGGCUGUCCGACGAAAAGUGUUCCGAGAACUGCAGCGCAAGUUGCACCCGGACAAGAAUGCGCAUUGCAGGGAGGCUGCCAAGAUCGCGUUUCAGCAGCUCAUGGAUCAGCAGGGCAAAUACCUGAAGGAAGUGGUCUGA